AUGGAACCGAAAACGAAACAAAACGCGGUCGUUUCGGCAAAGAAGGUCGAAGAAACUCAGAAAUCGAAGGUUGUUAAUUCUCGUCGAGGCACGUGUGUCCGGCCAGCUAAAAUCGUUUCGCGUGUUUUGCCGCCGCCGCUGCCUCCUCAGCCGCCAAGGAAGGUGUUGUUCAAGGAAGGGGGAAAAUCAGUGUCUGUGAGUAAUAAGAAAGGGGGUUUGAAGCAAGGGAGGGUUGUUGCGAGCCGUUAUAAUGAUUAUAGUGAAGCGAAGAAGAGGUCACUGCCUGAGAGUAACAAUGGAAGUGAGGUUGUUAAUAUGAAAGCGAGGGUUGUUGCGAGCAGUUAUAACAAAUCAAGUGAAGUGAGGAAGAGAGCAUUGCCUGAGAGUAACAAUGGUUAUGGAAGUGAGGUUGUUAGGCUGAAGAAGAGGUGGGAGAUUCCUUCUCCUUCGCAGGUUGUUAAUUGGAUUAGAACGCUUCUCCGCGUGGUGGUAAUGAUAAUGAGAGUCCAUGAGAUUCUUGUCCUGCAAAAAAGAGUUGUUGAAUUGACAGGGGCGCGGUCUUAUUUUUGAACUGAUGAGAAUGUUGAAGGAUCUGUUUCUCAAGUUCUGAGUUUUGCUUUGCUGAAGAAGAAGAAGAACGGUAAUCAAUUAAUUGUAUUUAGGGUUUUAAAUUUUGGUUUGAGGUUGCUGUCUUUGGCAGAUUGCAAUUAUGUUGCGACUGCAUCAAGUGUGAUAUUGGUUUUUUUUGUUCUUGCUAAUGUAGA